CUGCCCCCAGCCCAGGCAGGUAUAAAGCCACCUUGCCAGACCAAGGGAGCCUAGAUGGAAAAGGGAGAGCCCACCAUGUCCUCUUGGAGCCCAGAAGGAAAACAGAGCCCAGGGAGCUGGGAACCCCAUCUCUGUAGAAUCCUCUUCCUGCUGCUGCUAUUUGUGGUCUCAGCCAAGGGAGUCACCCCAGAUCCCAACGCCUGCCUGGUAUUCCACUCGAGUAAUGGCAGCUCCAUUUCCUGCCAACGACCUGCCAAAUUCCCCCACUAUCUCCCAGCUGACACCAUUUACCUGGCCACAGAGUUCUUCAACCUGACUCAGCCGCCUGCUGACAUCCUCCAGGGCAUCCCUAACCUCCAGGAACUGCACCUUUCCAACAACCAGCUGGAGGACCUCUCAGCCAAGUUCCUGCUGCCUGUGCCUCAGCUAAAGGUGCUCGAUCUGACCCGCAACGCCCUGAAACGCCUGCCCCCUGGCCUCUUCAAGGUCUCGGCUGCCCUCCACACUCUGGUGCUGAAGGAAAACCGGCUAGACAUUCUGGACGCCUCGUGGCUACAUGGCCUGAAAGCCCUCAGGUAUCUGGACUUGUCAGGGAACCAGCUCCGGACACUGCCCCGCAAGCUGCUGGCCAACUUCACUGACCUGCACAUCCUUGACCUUGGCAAUAACCAGCUGCAGACUUUGCCCCCUGACCUCCUGAGGGGCCCCUUGAAGUUGGAAUGGCUGCACCUUGAGGGCAAUAGAUUGCAGGUGCUCGAAGAGGGCUUUCUGGCGCCCCAGCCAAAACUGCGCUACCUUUUUCUAAACAACAACAAGCUGACCACGCUGGCAGCUGGUGCCUUCCGAGGUCUGCAGGUGCUGGACAUGCUGGACCUCUCCAACAACUCGCUGACCAGUGUUCCCGAGGGGCUCUGGGCAUCCUUGGGAAAGGCUGCCGGCAACAUGAAGGUCGGUUUUGACAUCUCAGGGAACCCCUGGAUCUGUGACCAGAAACUAGACGAACUCUAUCGGUGGCUUGUGGCCAACGAAGACAAGAUGUUUUUCCGGAACAACACUCGCUGUGCUGGCCCCAAAGCCUUGGAGGGCCAGAAGCUCCUGGCAGUGGCUUCGUCCCUUGAGGCCUAGGGCUAGGGUUAGGGUGGGGAGGCGGGGUUUGGCAGAACACCACACCCGCUUAAAUAAUUCCACCUUCUAAGGGUGUGAGACUGGGACCACCCAUAGUUGCUGGGGCCCCUGUCGCUCACCUUGGCCUCUUCCUGCCUCCUUGCUGUUGCUCAAGCUGUAUCCCCUUCCAGAAAUGCCUUUCCUCCAUUUCCCAGAUCUUUUGGUCUCCGGCUUCUCCAGCUGGCCCUGGCCACACUGGGGUUGUCUCAAUCUGGCUCCGUCUCCCCCAGUUUGUGGGGUUCUCUGAGUGCAGGGCCUGGGGCUGGCCGUGUUCCCUUUUACCCAGUAUCACUCAGUUUGGUGUCAGACCAGAAGGGGUUAAUAAAUUGCUGUAAAACAGAA